UUUCACACCUCUGACAUGCACACAUGGUCAUUUACCACAAACAGGCACCAAUAGAUCAGCACAAAGACACGUCUCAUGUUCACCAGCAGAACAAAACCACAAUUCUUUCCACAUCGUAACCCAGAAAUGAAACCUAGUGUCAUGUGGGUUUAGAGAAAUAUUGUGUUUUUAUAAUUUGAAAGCUUUCAUGCACAGUAAAUGUUGUUGAACUGCACUUGUGAAUGCGAUGGAGGUGUUAAAACGGGCAAGAGAGCAAGUUUUUUCUCUGUUGUUUUGACCUUUAGUGUUUCCAGGUCUUCCUCACAUUGCAAAGUACUACUUGAGAAGUCCUAAGCGAGGAUACACAGGUGUAUCCUUCACAUCCUCAGGAGGAGGAGAUAAGACACAAAGAAACAAGAUGAGGAUGUACAAACAAGAAAUAAGAACCCUUUAGUAAGUUUGUGUAUUUAUUCCCCAUCAUCACAGGUGUAUCCUUCACAUCCUCAGGAGGAGGAGAUAAGACACAAAGAAACAAGAUGAGGACGUACAAACAAGAAAUAAGAACCCUUUAGGCACGUGUCGUAUGGAUGGAGGUGGGCUCAUUCUGUGGCUAAAUCUAACGGAAGUCAAACAGCUUAACACAACCAGCACACAACUUUACUGUAGACAUUGAGCUUAGCUCCGUAAAAUAAAGUGACACUUUUUCAGAGCCCUGAACCGUUAAAGAUGUUUUUCAUGUUCGUUUUUCUGUCACUUUGCUUCUGCUGUCGGGGUGGUGUGUUUACAGAUGAAGUGAAGUCAGUGUCAGUGAUGGAGGGAGAUUCUGUUACUCUACACACUGAUCCUACUGACAAACAGACAGAUGAUCUGAUAGUGUGGAAAUAUGGCUCUCAAGAGUCACUCAUAGCUAAACUCGAUAGAGAUGCCAAUAGAGUCUCAAUAUAUGAUACUGUUCAUGAUGGGAUGUUCGGAGACAGACUGCAGGUGGACGAUCAGACUGGAUCUCUCACCAUCAAAAACGCCAAAACUGAAGACUCUGGACUUUAUAACAUCACCGUCAUCAGCAAACAAAAGACCUCAUACACAUUCAGUGUUACUGUCUAUGCUCGUCUGUCCAUUCCUGUCCUCACUAGUUACUGUGCACAAAACUCAUCUUCAGUGUCAAAAUGUGUGUUGUCAUGUUCAGUGAUGGAUGUGACACAUGUGAGUCUCUCCUGGUACAAAGGAAAGAGUUUAUUGUCCAGCAUCAGUGUGUCUGAAGGCAGUAACAUCAGAAGCAUCUCUCUUCAUCUCUAUGUGGAGUGUCCUGAGGAUUCUUACAGCUGUGUGUUGAACAAUCUUAUCACAAACCAGACUCAAAUCUCAAGAACAAAUCUCAACAUCACUGACAUCUGUCAUCCGUGUUCAGAUUGUAGAAGCUGUAAUGGUCCAGAAUGUGUGAUCCAGUUGGUCAUGUCUGCUGUGGUGGGUUUGGCUACUGUUGCUGUUCUGGUGUAUGAAGUCAGAUCUAACAGAAUUCAGACUUCAUUAUCAGAUCAUCACUGAUGAUAUUGUGCAUUAAUCUCACAUCCAUCUUGUAGAGCAUUCCCCUUUAUUAAAGAGUAAAGAUUUUGUGAUUUUCAAGGUCCUACUUUGGUUUAUGGAGUGUCCAACAACAAGUGUACGUACAUACACGGUGUAAAAAUACUUUAACUUUCUAGUAAUAGCCAAUUAUUAUUACCUGUGUGGUUUGAAAUCGUUUUUUUAAAGUGACAUGCGCUCUCUAGUGGCGAAGCAUGACAUGCAUGAAAGGGAUUUGGCUUUCCUACAGAGUUGGAGUAUGUGUUCUGCUGUCAGCUAAAUGUCAAUAAAUAUAAUACAAGGUGAAAAUAAAGAAGCAUA